GUUUUUCCGCCAUGAUUACUCGUCCAGCCCGGCCGUUGUGUCUGUCGGCAGGCCACACUUGAAUUUCACACCACUGCUAAACAUUGCCUCAAAAUGCAUAUGUGCAUAAAACAUUUUCGACUAAGAAUAACCUGAGCAAUAGCCUCUGACAAUACCAGCAGAAACUUGUGUUACACCCUGUGUUUUAGUUCUGACAGAUCGUAGACCAGGAUGAUUUCGUACUAGUUUUAUGAGUAGUUCAUCUUCCAUUUUGCUCCACACUCUCAAGAUUUGUCUGACUUCCAUGAAAAAUUUAAAUGCCGCUGAAGGAUAUUCAUCUUCGUAGUACGGACGCACUAACAUUGAGGGUCAAAACACGGACAACCAUGUGGCUUGAGAUCCUGGUUACCCUGGUGGUGGUGGUGAUGAGCGUGAGAUUUUGGUACAUGUACACGUCAGGCCACUGCACCAGUACCACGUCCAUGGCGGGCAAGACGGUCAUUAUCACCGGCAGCACGGCAGGAAUUGGAAAAGAGACUGCUCGUGACCUGCUCCGGCGCAGUGCCCGAGUCAUCAUCGCCUGCAGGAACCUGGAGAAGGGUUGCAAAGUGGCAGGCGAGCUCCAGUCUGAUGGUGAUGCCCGCGGCGAGGUGGUGGUGCGCCGCUUGGACACUUCCGAUCUGUCGUCCGUCAGGAAUUUCGCCAAGGAGGUGCUGGAAACCGAGAAGGCUAUCCACGUAUUGAUCAACAACGCGGGUAUUUAUGGCAUGGGGAAGAGACAGGUGACAGCUGACGGUCUCGAGCUGACAAUGGCGACCAACCACUUCGGCCACUUCCUGUUGACCAACCUGCUGCUAGGACGUCUGAAGGAGUCUGGGCCGAGUCGUAUCAUUAACGUGUCCUCUUUGGGACACAUAUUUGCCCCAAAAUUUGACUUGAAUGAUCUGGCAAUAAACAACGACUACAACCCAAAUAAUGCUUACACCACCAGUAAACUCUGCAACCUGCUCUUCACCCGGGAACUGGCAGACAAAAUGGCUGGCACUGGCGUGACGGUUAACAGCCUUCACCCGGGCAUCGUGAGGACUGAAAUCUUCGAUUCAAUGAACCUUUCUUUCGGAACUUUCCUCACACACAUACUGCUGGCCGUUGCCUCCAAGGACGCGGUCUCCGGCGCACAGACCAGCAUCCAUCUAGCAGUGUCGGAAGAGGUGGAGGGCAUGACAGGCCGCUACUUCGGUGACUGCAAGGAAGUUUCCACUAGUGAUGUAGCGCUCCGCAAGGACUUAGCCACCGGGCUGUGGGAGGCUAGCGUGAAGGCUGUCGGGCUGAAGAAAGACGAGAUCCACUACUGACCUACUGGCCACUACCACUCAUCAUUCUUUGGUCGUGCUGGUCACUGAUCACUUUCCGGCAGCUGAGCCACUCGCCAUGUCUUUUCCUAAUCAUUUGCCUGAAUUGUCUCACACCUUUUGUUGUCUCCUUUGCUUUCUUUUUUUUUUUUUCUUUUUUCUUAUUUCAGCUCUAGAGUUCUAUCAGCAGUGUUCUGUAAUAAUUCUAAAUAUCACUACCAACCCUCUAACCUUCGAGCACAUGAACAGUAUUCAUAUGACUUGAACUAUUCCAUGUAGCGAAGCAAUUCCGGAAAUAAACUCGCCAAUUUUC